GUUGUCUUCACACUGUCUGCAUCUCACCUACCAGAUCAGUGCCACAUACUCGACUUGCACCAUUCACCCAUUCUCAGCUGCAGUACAUGUAGUUCAGGAGGGAGAUAGAGCACCCCCUAAGGAAAUAAUGCCGUUUGAAAUUGUGGGUUUCGGAUUGCUUUUCUUGAUUUUGAUCGGGAUACUCCCAUACAACACCUGUACAGAAGACUUGAUAACUGAACCCGUGGAACCUGUCCUUCCCGAGUCUUUGUUGCUGAAGCCCAAAGUAUUGCUCAGUAUUCUUGCGCGCAAUGCGGAGCACAGUCUUCCCUACUUCUUGGGGUGCAUCGACAGGCUGGAAUAUCCUAAGGAUCGUAUCGCCAUCUGUGCUGCUGCAGACCACAGUGUGGACAACACCACAGCCAUGCUGCAGGAGUGGAUCAGAGGGGUGCAGAGCCAGUAUCACUCUGUGAAGUGGACACCCAUGGAAGGACCAAGCUCGCAUGUGGGUGAGUUAGGGCCGAAGCACUGGCCUAACUCUCGGUUCACCCACGUGAUGAAGCUAAAACAGGCUGCUCUUAGUUCAGCCAGGGCUCUCUGGGCUGAUUACAUACUGUUUGUGGACACUGACAACUUGCUGACCAACCGGCGGGUGCUGACUGAGAUGAUAGCAGAGAAUUUAACGGUGGUAGCGCCCAUGUUGGAGUCCCGCGUCCUCUACUCCAACUUCUGGUGUGGUGUGACCCCACAGGGUUACUACAAGCGCACCCCUGAGUACAUCCCCAUCAGGAACUGGAAACGCCAGGGCUGUUUCGCCGUUCCCAUGGUGCACUCUACCUUCAUGGUGGACCUGAGGCGGAGCGCCACCCGGGCGCUGGCCUUCCACCCUCCACACCACGAUUACACCUUCCCCCUGGAUGACAUCAUGGUCUUCGCCUUUUCCGCGCGGCGGGCAGAUGUGCAGAUGUACAUAUGUAAUAGAGAGCAUUAUGGGUAUUUGCCACUGCCUCUGAAGCAAGAGCAAAGUCUGGAGGAGGAGGUGGAGAGCUUUAGCCACACCAUGACCGAGGCUCUGAUCGAUUACCUCAUGAAGCCGUCCAAAUACAUGCACCAUACAGCUAAACCUCUGGAAAAGAUGGGAUUUGAUGAGAUCUUUCUGAUUAAUCUGAAACGUCGCAUUGACCGGCGGGAUCGAAUGCUGAGCACCCUUGCCGUUCUGGGCAUUGAUAUCACACUGACAGAGGCGGUGGAUGGCAAAGCCCUGAACUCGUCCCAGCUGCAAGCGAUGGGCAUAGACAUGUUGCCUGGGUACAAAGACCCGUAUUCGGGGCGUGUGCUGACGCGAGGGGAGAUCGGCUGCUUCCUCAGUCACUACAAUAUCUGGAAACAGGUGGUGGAACAGGGACUGCAGCGUGUGCUGGUGCUGGAGGAUGAUGUGAGGUUUGAGCCGCGUUUCCGCAGCAGACUGGUGACCAUCAUGGAGAACGUGGACCGAGUGGGACUGGACUGGGAUCUGAUCUAUGUGGGGCGUAAGCGCCUGCAGGUGAAGCAGCCGGAGCGCUGGGUGGAGGGGGUCAGUAACCUGGUACACCCUGACUAUUCCUACUGGACCCUGGGUUACGCCCUCUCCUUGCAGGGGGCCAAGAGGCUCCUGGGAGCCCGGGCCCUGGGCAAGAUGCUACCUGUGGAUGAGUACCUGCCUGUCAUGUUCAACAAGCACCCACGGGAGGAGUACAUGGCCCAGUUUGAGCAGAGGGACCUGCUGGCGUUCUCUGUGGAGCCGCUGCUCCUCUUCCCCACCCACUAUACUGGCGAGCCAGGCUACUUCAGCGACACAGAGACCUCCACCAUCUGGGACGAUGAGGCCACAACCACCGACUGGGACCGGCAGAACACUCAGCGAAGCAGCAAGCAGGACGGCCAGGGACGGCCUAUGCCCCCAGGCAUCGCCAAGGAAGGAGGAGGCGUGCCCUCACCCUCCUCUGCCAGUAAUCAAAGAGAUGAACUCUGAUGAGUUGAGGUCACAUAAACACACACGUUACUCCUAUGAUUAAUAAAUUAAAUCUUACAUUGCCAUAUUGGCUGGCAACAUUCUUAUCUCUUGCUUGCUACGGCUAACUUACAGUCACAUCAAACAGUGCAGCCAGAAUAACAACAGUAGCUGCAUUUGUUUAAGCUGUUUUCUAGUGAACUUUAUUUGGAUACAUGCUUAACAAUGAGCUAACGUGGCGCGAUUUCACCUGGCAUAUCAUUUUUUUAUUCAACCUUUAUUUAACUAGGCAAGCUAGUGAAGAACAAAUUCUUAUUUACAAUGAUGGCAUUGACAUUGUGCGUUCACAAUUACAUUUUACUCUCUCUUCGGGACACUGUUGAUCAGAGGAGCUAGCCAACAACACACCGAAUACAAUCACUUCAAACUGAAGCUGGAAAUACUGCAAACUAGCUGCAUCUCGUUUCCUUUUUUCAAUUGACAUUGCUUUGUAUAUAUCCACCAAAAAUUAUGUCAGCUGAUUCAUGAUUUCGACUGGUUUAGAAACGCUGCCUGCCUAUCUGUCUUGCCCCGACCCAUACACAUUCAUUACUAUGGAACAGCUGGAGAUCUCAUUUUAAUAUUGAAACAAUGUUGCAAAUGUCGGAAAGACAGACAGCAAGGUUUAUACAAACCUCCGCUGUUGAAAACUAAAUGUUAGUCUAAAAGAAAUGUGAUUUAAUGUCUAGAUGCUUUUUAUAGUGGAGAUCAGGUUUAUCACUUGCCUGGCUGGACUGAUGAGACAGUGGAUUGUGCAGUCAGAUGGAACAGAGUAAAUAGGCAUUUUAAUGUCAUAGAUUUAGCCGGUGGUAAUUUGUGGAUUAGACACCGACUGGAAUGCGGUUUUAACCCAUCAGCAUUCUGGAUUAGACCCAUCCGUUAUAUAAUCAGGAUUAUAAACUGGGUGGUUCGAGCCCUGAAUGCUAAUUGGCUGACAGCCGUGGU